UUACUGUGGAGAUCGAUGACUAAAAACAGAAGAUGUGCGCUAUUCAGACAACUUUAAAAUUACCUGAGAACUGCAUCUGUAUUUAUCACUUCUUAUUUUCGUUCUUAUUUACCUUUAUAUUUAGUAACAUUAGGGGAGAGCUGGGUACAAAGUACGGCUUUUUGGCUCUAUCAUUAAAAAAAUAUUUGCGUUAGAUUUAAUAUUUUUUACACAAUGUCCCUGUCCUGGAAACUGCCCCUUAAAGUUUGUUUGUGUGAUCUACUGUUAUCGUACACCGAAAGUGACAGGAGUGUAAACGUUACCUCAGUUGGGGUUCAGAGGGUUUGUUGUAACAUCUGCUAGAAAUUUUAGAUUAAACACAAAUAAUUAAAUCAAAUUCUGUCUAUAUACUAAAGGUGUAUAUUUUUUAUUUAUCUGCCUGUAAUAGAUAGAUAUCCACACAUUCAUUCAUCAAUGAUCCUUCAUCUAAUCGUCCUUGUAUUAUGCAUCAAUUCAUAUAAACAUAUUUUUAAAGGGCAAAAAUCACAAUUGUGAGUUAUUUCCCUUGAUAUUGUAUUAACAGUUACCAUUUUGAUGAAUAGUAUUUACAUUGUUUUCUUUUCAUUAUCAUUGUAUCUGAGGCUUUACUUGUAACACUGUGUGCAACUAACCUCGCUGUGUAAAAAUGCUUUCAAUCCCAGCUAUCAGUUACUGGGAGUUGCUAACAUGUUUCAAAAUUAUGUUUUGUUUUUGGUAACAACUAACAAGACAGUGAUUAAAACUUGGAUAAAUAAAAAUCUUGCAGCAUAAUUUUGUUUAAAACAUCAAGAUUUAAGGCAAUUUCAGUUGAAUUUAUACCCUUAGGUGAGAUAAUAUAAAGUAGUGUCUAAAAUUACCCCGCCCCCCCAUGCACUAUCACUCUCCUUGAAAUAAAGAAAUCCUCCAUAUAUCAUUUAAGGUUGGGGAUUAUUUCCCCUCCUUUUUUCAGGCCUUGACCUCCACAGAAGCCACACUUGCAUUUGACCCGAAGGACUACAUCAAGUCAAUUCACACCCAUAGAGUGAAAGUGAUUGAGAUCUUCAGUGAAGCUCCUCCUACAACAAUCCACCAAUAAAUGCUGGAGUCAAACACACAGAGAAAUCACUCCAUGUGUGACAACUGAAAUCUUCAUGACAUAAUGUUGAUGCUGGUGAAAGAGGAGCUUGAGAAGAUGACAGAUCCACAACCAUGCAGAAUAAAGCAAGAAGAUACUGAGGAACAAAUAGAUAUUAUGGAAGUGAAAGCGGAGAGUCAAGCUGACGUGGAUGAGAAACAUCAGAUUGUAAAAAUAAAUCAUAAUGUUUCACAGAAAGAAACUCUGAAGACAGAAGACAUAAAGUGUGAAAAUAGUUUCAGUGAAGAUGAACGCCCUGAAGAUCACAAGAGGACUCACAGUGAGGAGAAACCUUUCACAUGUCAACAGUGUGGAAAGAGUUUCACUUUUCAAUCGAGUCUUAACCAGCACAGGAAAACUCACAGGGGGGAAAUGUCAUAUGCAUGCCAACAUUGUGAAAAGAGUUUCCCAGAUCAAAGUCAACUUAAGAAACACAUUAGGGUUCACAGUGGAGAGAAACCUUACACAUGUCAUCUGUGUGAAAAGAGUUUCAGAACAAAAGCUCAACUUAAAGCACACAUGAGGAUUCACACUGGAGAAAAACCAUUCACGUGUCAUCUGUGUGGAAAGAGUUUCAGAGAUAAAGGUAAUCUUAAGGACCACUCAAGAAUUCACACUGGAGAGAAACCACACGCAUGCCAUGAGUGUGAAAAGAGUUUUAAAACUGCAGGUGACCUUAAAAAACAUUUAAGGAUUCACACCGGAGAGAAACCUUACACUUGUCAACAGUGUGGAAAGAGUUUCAGAACAAAACCUAACCUUAAAGCACACAUGUGGAUUCACACCAGAGAGAAACCACAUGUGUGCCAUCACUGUGAAAAGAGUUUUAUAACUGCAGGUAUACUUAAGACACAUUUGAGAAGUCACACCGGAGAGAAACCUUACAUUUGUCAACAGUGUGGAAAGAGUUUCUCUGCUGAAAGUUACCUUAAGAUUCAUGCAAGAAUUCACACUGGAGAGAAACCUUACACAUGCCAUGAGUGUGAAAAAUGUUUCAGAGGUAAAAGUAACCUUACAACACACAUGAAAAUUCACAAAAGAGAGAAACCUCACGUGUGUCUUCAGUGUGGAAAGAGUUUCAGUAUGAAGCAUCACCUUAAGAGACACAUGAUGACUCACACUGGAGAGAAACCUCACGCAUGUCCUCAGUGUGAAAAGAGUUUCAGAAAUAAAUGUGGACUUGAGGCUCACAUGAGAAAACACACUGGAGAGAAACCUUACAUAUGUCUUCAGUGUGAUAGGAGUUUUACAAGUGAAGACACUCUUAAGAAACACAUGUCAGUUCACCAGUGUUGGGAGUGCCAAAAAGCACAGGGCAAUUGCUGGUCCAUGAUCAUGACUGUCACCGACCUGCAGGUCAACUUGUUCCAACUUCCAUUUCUGUCUAACCUGAAAAUUAAGGAAAUAAUGUUGAAUAAAGUGCAUCCAAAAAUGGUCAGCCAAGACCUGGCUUUGUCUCCCUCUCUUAUGGCUAAAGAGUUCCGUGUCUUUGUAUCUGGCCACCUCAUCAACAAGAUGUUAGGAGUCACUGGAUCAGGAUCCGCCACAUCCGAAGAGGUGUUAGAGUUGAGGAUUCCUUCUAUUUCUAUGAAGACAGUACUCAGCACUUCUUCAGACAGUUUGGGCUCCAAUAGUAGUUUGCAGUGCAGCCUUUUGAGAGCGUAUUUCUCUUUCCAACAUCCACCACAACGAGGAGGAGGAGAACGAGGAGUUGUUUUACCAAACCACCAAAAAAACAAGGCAUGGCAUAUGAUGGAAGUGAAAGAGGAGAGUCAAGCUGAAGUGGAUGAGAAUGUAAAAAUAAACCAUAAUGUUUCACAGAAAGAAACUCUGAAGACAGAAGACAUAAAGUGUGAAAAUAGUUUCAGUGAAGAUGAACGCCCUGAAGAUCACAAGAGGACUCACAGUGAGGAGAAACCUUUAACAUGUCAACAGUGUGGAAAGAGUUUUACCCGUAAAUCGAGCCUUAGCCGGCACAAGAAAGCUCACAGGGGGAAAAUGCCACACGCAUGCCAUCAUUGUGGAAAGAGUUUCCCAGAUAAAACUCAACUUAAGAUACACAUUAGAGUUCACACUGGAGAGAAACCAUACACAUGUCAUCUGUGUGGAAAGAGUUUCACAACAAAAGCUCACCUUAAAGCACACAUGAGGAUUCACACUGGAGAAAAACCAUUUACUUGUCAUUUGUGUGGAAAGAGUUUCAGACAUAUAAGUAAACUUAAGGAGCACUCAAGAAUUCACACUGGAGAGAAACCACAUGCAUGCCAUGAGUGUGGAAAGAGUUUUAAAACUGCAAGUACCCUUAAGAUACACAUGAGGAUUCACACUGGAGAGAAACCUUACACUUGUCAACUAUGUGGAAAGAGUUUCAGAACAAAAGUUAACCUUAACACACACAUGAGGAUUCACACUGGAGAGAAACCACAUCCGUGCCAUCAAUGUGAAAAGAGUUUUAUAACUGCAGGAAAACUUAAGAUUCAUGCAAGAAUUCACACUGGAGAGAAACCUUACACAUGCCAUGAGUGUGAAAAAUGUUUCAGAAAUAAAAGUAACCUUACAACACACAUGAAAAUUCACAAAAGAGAGAAACCUGACACAUGUCUUCAGUGUGAUAGGAGUUAUACAAGUGAAAGCGCUCUUAAGAAUCACUUGACAGUUCACACUGAAGAGAAACCGUUCACUUGUCAUCACUGUGGAAAGAGCUUUACAGUAAAACGUGCCCUUAAUGCACAUGUGAGAAUUCACACUGGAGAGAGACCAUACACUUGUCAACAGUGUGGAAAGAGUUUCAGGACAAAAUCUUACCUUAAAGACACAAGAUUUCACACUCGAUAGAAACCAUUCAUGUGUCAACAGUGUGGAUAUGGCAACAAAGUUUAUAAAUCAGCUGAGGUCUUAUUAAUAAAACUGUCUGGAGGAUCCUUACUAAAAGUCUACAUGCACACAAAAGCCAAAAAUGGUUUACGGCAAAAAAGAUUGAGGCCGUUUCUCAAUAUGUGUUCUUGUCUGUCCUUGUGUUCUUGUGAAACGUCAUCAGUCGCGGCCCAAGUACUGUUCCAAUUCCAAGUUCACAUCAAGUCAAGUUCACAUAACAUCUCAGGAUGUGUUCUUAAUCCGCUCAUUUUAUCGAGGAUGCAUCAGGAGAUGACUUGUGUGGACUUAAGAUAGACAAGUUUCUCAGAAUGCAUUUCACGUUAACGGCAGUGGAGCUUAAAACCAUCACAAUAUUUAAAAUAUUACUCUUUCUGUGUAAAAUGUAGCUGUUUGUCAAGAAUGUAGAUGAAUAAACUUUAAAUAUGUGGUCAGUAGGUAAA